AUGCAGUUGAUGACCCUGAACUCACUACUCAUGUUCGACAUAGUGUUUAUCUUUUUCCUCUUUUUGGUUGGGGUGACCUGUUUGGUGUACUACCUGCCACCGCCCUCGCUGAGUGCGAUCCGUGGUUCGAAAGGAGCCGCCUGCAGUGGUGGUGGCGGCAGCCAAGCGGGCUUAAACGUAGUCCGGACUACGUCCGGAACGACAACAACCUGCACGGGUGAAACGGUUCGCUUCCGGCGGUACAGUGUCGGGUCGCUGCUCAGUGCGGCGGACGUGGCCGUGGGGAACCAUCGUUUCCAUGCUCCUGCGGUCACCGGCGCAGAAGAGCUGGUGGCCGACUGUUCCCUGGAGGAGAUUCUAAGUCUGAGAGGUUCACCGAUAUUGGUUCCCUCGCCCAUCGAACUACAGCAACAGCAGCAGCAGCAGCAGCUCUGCGCCUGCUGCUUGGAACAUCAACAACUGCUGCAGCAGAUCGAACGGGAACAGCAGCAGCACCAUCUGGUGGAGAACCCGUACGAUAUCGGUCUAGCGGCGGCGCUGCAAUCGCAGGCGUCGACAGCCGCCGCCGUUGGCGAAGUCGACUACGUACAGAUCGAGAUUGAACGAACCGGUCCGGAUCCGAUUCCGCCGUGUUGCUACGUGCGGGCCAAGGACGCCGACAUCAAGGAGUGCCACGGACCGAUUCACGAUGUGUAG